GUCUACUCUUUCCCAAACAAUAAAUCGACGACAGGCAGGUGGUCGGCAGCUCAGCUGCAUAUUUCCUUCUAUACUAACCAAGUCGUGUGACAACAGUUGGAUGAUUCAUUUUCUUCUGACCACAUUUGAGCAGCUACGAUUUUUUCAAUCAAUACUGCUGGGCGGGCCCAGUUCUCGCGUCCUCUCGUUCUUUUGUCCCUCUGCACAUCAAAUCUUCACCACUUGCAUACCUCCCUCUUUUUAUCUGUUUUGCAUCACAACUGACUAAGAACUUGUCCUCUCUCGUCCCUUGGGAUACCUGCCCCGCUUGGUUCCCAUUGGUACAGGCGGAUAGAUCCUGGUAAUAUUGGUGCACCGGGAGUACAUACGAGCACUGCACCCGCUCCCUUCCAUCUUCGUUCUUCCUGAAAGAACCAGUUACUUAUCUUGUGGUUUGCGGUAACGAGCAGGCUUCAGCAAACUCCAGCAAGAUGGCGUCAAUGGCCGCAGCCGCGAAUUUUGCAGGUGGGAGGCGCCUGAAGCUGAGUCAUUAUAUUAAGCCACUACUCCCAUACAUACCAGACAUUGCUCCGCCAGACCGGAAAAUACUCUUUCAAGAGAAAGCGCUAUACACGAUACUGACGCUACUCUGCUUCCUUGUGGCUUCUCAGUACGACUACUAAUUGUGCUCUUGAAUGUAUUGGAUGCUUGUGCUAACAGUACUAGAAAGAUGCAACUUGUUGUUUUAGAACCACAAGCUAGGAAUAAAACAAAUAUCUUGAAGACUGAAAAUAGAACAAAAUGCUCCUCCUUAUGAAGAUGUCUAUGUGUCCUUCCUCUGCACAAUCACUGCAGGAUCCCAUUGUACGGCAUUCUUGGCGGUAACAAGAAUGAUCCAUUUUACUGGAUGCGCGCGAUAUUAGCAGCAAAUCGCGGUAGUUUGAUGGAGUUGGGUAUUGCGCCAAUCGUGACCACAUCCACGGUCCUGCAGUUUCUAGCAGGUAGCAGAAUCGUGGACGUGGACCAGAAUUUGAAGGAAGAUCGCGUAGUAUACGAGGCGGCGCAGAAAGUGUGCGGCGUCGGGUUUACCUUUAUUCAAGCACUGUGCUUUGUCUCUAGCGGCAUGUACGGCGACCCAGCAGAGCUAGGCGGACCCAUUUGCAUGGCUUUGGUUGCACAGCUCACAUUUAUGGGCUUUGUCGUCGUCUACCUUGACGAAUUGCUGCAAAAGGUACUCACAUUAAGUACUAUCUCAGAAGUGUUUGCUUUAUUUUGGUUUCUGUUUUCUAUUGCCAGACUUGAAGAAUUUGCUGGUUUUCUUCAAAUAUACAAACGCAAGGCGGCCCACGUGCUUACGAGGCAAAGCAGACAAAUAGACCAGCGCCACACGCCCCCACAGCGCAGAGCCGAAUCGAGGCGGAGAGCAUGGAGACGGAGACGGAAAGCAGCGGGCCGGGCUUUUCGGAUGUCCCCCCGUGGGAGUGGCUGAAGAGGUCGCGGCCCUCUUUGCGGCGAAGUGCGUAGCCGCAUACAGCAGCCCCCGCGUGUGUUUCUGUUGCGGCCGCCUGCGCCUUCUGAGGGAAUUCCCUCUCUCUGUGGUAGCUUCGUCCACGUCGUCGGCCCAGGAAAUGCGGCAGCACGGUUGGAGCUCGCAGCACCCGGCCGAAGGUUCCCGCUGAGAAAAUAUUGGGCCCAGCAGCAGCAGCAGCAGCAGGAAGGCCCCCACGCACUUGAGGCAGGUCCUCGCGUAUGACUAUGGGGGGCGGCCGCAAAAUGGGCAGCCCUCACGGAGUUGGCCAAAAUACUCGCCGAAGAGCAAGCCUGGGAUGGCAAUGAGUUCCGUAGGGUGGUCCAUGCACUUUGGCACCCCGCAGCGCCGCCGCUGUUUUUGCGGGGAGUUCACUAGGGUAGCAAUAGAAGCUACAUCGGGCGCGCCUUCGUCGCAAUCCACAACCCAGGCCCUGCAGCCGCCGGCCUAGCGGCUGGGAUGCCUGCCCAAGAAAUAAGCGCGCCGCCUCUCUGCCUCGGUAUCCUCGCAAGCUUCCCGCGCUUUGUCUAUAGACCGCGCGCGUCGACCGUGUGAGGCCGGCUGGCCUAUGCUGUGAGGCUUGGGAACACGGAAGGAACCACGCCGGGGCUGCCUCGCGCUUGCUCUGUUAGGUUUCCAGCAGUAUGCGGCGGCACUCGAUUCAAAGAGGACCGGCGGCGGCGCAGCCUAAGGCAUAAAGGGGGCAAGCUGUUGAGCAACUGCAGCCAGCAUUACAAAAAGGGCAGCCCGAAGCACCACGAGAGAAAAGGGCAGCCAGCACCACACGGCUAAGCGGGCUGACUCAGGCCCAGCAAAUAGGGCCCAGCCACCAAUCUCACGCCUGAGGUGGUGGCGGAGGAUGUGCGCCACGCACUGGCACAAAGCGCUGACAAACAGACUCGCCGUUAGUCAACUGCGAGCAAGCCGCUGGCUUGGCAUGCAACCCCAGGGGCAGGGCGGGGGCAGCAUGCAAGCACGUGAAGGCGGUGCUGCUCUCUUCUGUUUCCAUCCUCGGUUGGGAGCUGGGUAGCACUUCUGAGAAGUGGAAAAGACGAGCUGGACAACGUAGCCGACUCCGCUCUUUAUAUUUAAUGUACAGCAUGCAUGCCUCGGAUCUUCUUAAUGAACCAGAAACUUCGACUAACAUAGUUCUGGUGAUAUUCAUACCAUCAACCUUGUCAACAUAUAUAAGGGCUGGGGUAUUGGAAGCGGCAUCUCUCUCUUCAUCACUGCGUCCAUCUGCGAAACCAUAAUGUGGAAAGCGUUUUCGCUGAAGUCGAUCACAACACGUACUAGUUUUUUGUUUCUACACUCCUCUGGCUUUAAAACGGUCGUUAGUCUUGCUUUUCGUCAAAUAAGAUCAUGUAUUUACUCCUUCAUCUUCCCUGGUCGAAGAUAAACAAAUAAGAAUGAAUAUGAAAUGACGUUGAAAUUCCCAUCGAUGAAAUUACAUCAACGAACAAGUCCAAUCUUUUUCUCGAGUACGUAACAUCGCAAGAACAAUACUAUAUACACUUACAACACUCAUGACCAUGACCAUGACCAUCUGCUUCACGAUUUAAUGCACAAAACAGCAAACGGCUCCGUAUACGAGGGAGCAAUAACGAGCUUCUUUCACCAGUUGUUGUGGUCAAACAACAAGCUGUCUGCUCUGACUGAAGCUGUGUAUAGGCCUUAUUUAUGGGAGGUGAUCACAUUCUUAAAUUCUUGGUUUUCUCCACUUAGUAUGUGAAAACAUCAUUCUUGGCCUCUACUUUUUUCAAGUACGACUAAAGUAAAGCAUUCUCAACUAAAGCUACAUCCUUGGCCUUACUUUUCAAGUACGUACUAGAAGUACUUCUGCUAGAUCAGAAGGCACCAGGGACGAUGUUUUGCUUCUGAACUACGUAAUAAAAAUAUGUUGUAGUCCAUGUCGCAUGCACAAUUUCUAAGUUAUGGCGCAAACUUGACGAAUAUAAUCGCGACUGUCGUUGUCUUUGUCAUCGUGGUGUAUUUCCAGGGAUUCAGAGUGGACCUCGCAGUCAAAUCCCAGAGGGUGCGAGGACAGACCGGAAGCUACCCGAUUCGAGUCUUCUACACCUCAAACAUGCCCAUCAUAUUGCAUUCGGCACUGGUAAAUUUUGAAUCAUAUGUACAAGUUUUUUUACUCAGCAGAGAUGCACACGACAUGGCAUGCUGUUGUCAGUUCAAAAGAAGAUUUUCCACCACGUCUAUAAUUCCUCAACUAUUAAUACAACAUCAUGAUAAGACCGUCCGAACUGCGACAUCAAAGACAUCAAAAUGAACAGCACUAUGAACCUUGAUCAUCUUCCUGAUUCCUCCAGGUCUCAAACGUGUACUUUUUUAGUCAGUUGGUUUUUAAGCGGUUCAGGAACAACUUCCUGGUGAACAUGUUGGGCCAGUGGCAAGAGGUGGACUAUGUUGGCGAGAAAAUUCCGGUCGGCGGCCUCGCUUACUACCUGUUUAUGCUACUAGUACUAACUAGAACCGGUUAUAGAUUUAAUAUUAAGAAUUUUUUCAUUGUGAUACUCUUACUUAGUACUGUGCUGUAUAGAGAAAUUAGAAGUACUAUAGAGAAAUUAGUAGUUCUUGUAAUUACUCUAGGCUUACGUGCAGCUAUCAUACAGCUGCGAGCUGUAGUUCCGUAUAGCACAAAGUGGCCAUUCUAGCAAAUGGGUUUUAAUCACUUCUCGUAUUUCCCGUCUCUUCUCUUAUACGCUUACCAGUUAGUAGCACGAGUCGCAGGUGGGUCCUCGUUCAUAAUGAAUUGUACUAGAAGUUUUUGUUCUACUAAAAAUUACUUAGCAGCCAGAGAGAUAUGAUUUUUAUUUUGCUCGCUGACGCUGAUGUUGUUCAAGUAGUUCAUCCUAAUCAAGAUGAUCGUUUUCAAGCGAAUUACUAUACGAUCUCUUCUAAGAUUUCACCACCAACGGGCCUGCUUGACUUCCUCCUCGAUCCGUUCCGGUCGGUCGUCUACUGCUCCCUUGUCAUCGUCUCCUGCGCAGUGUUGAGCAACUUGUGGAUUGAUAGUAGUGAUUAAUUUCUUUUUGUUUGGCUUCGGAAAGAAGUGACUGCCUAGUUCUAAUUCUUUUUACCUAGAAGUGCUGUCCUCCAACGUAGGUUAAAUUUGUUUUUUUCGUUGUUCCUUCUUGUUCUUACCCUAAAUAUGUAUCUUCUUCUGCUUCAUGAUAAUUUACAUAUCUGUCUGUGAGUUGUACUUGUUUGAUCAUGAUGAAGAUCAUUUGAUGACCACGUUUACUUUUGUUGAUUUUCCACGUCAGUUUCCGGCGAGGCACCGCGGGAUGUAGCGAAGCGAUUGAGAAUGCAACAGCUAGUCUUUGUUGGCCAUCGGUCAGAGGCUUUGGAGCCAGUUCUGCGGAAGUACAUUCCACCGGCAGCGAGACUCGGUGGUGCCUUGAUCUUAUGAAAACAUGAACAUUAUUUACAUACUAUGAAGCGAAAAAGUGUACUCAUCCUCAAGAAAGUAGGCACUUUCUAAGUAGGAAAAAGCCUCUUUUGUUGAGUAUGAGCACACUUUUUCGCGUCAAACAUACACAGAAGAUACGUUGUAAAUACAUGGAUAAAAAAGGUUAGGUUGGUGAGUGUUUCACGACUCGAAUGUUCGUAGGUACACUACUUGUUUUUAUUGCACGAGUGGGCUACACUGUUAGACAUAGACUAGAUUCUAUAUCAUCUUCAACAUCUAUGCGCCUUUCGUAAUUACUCCUCCAGCACCCUUUGAUCACUUUUUGAUAAGUACUUCUGGCGGCCACUGGCGGCUACUCUUCUUCUAAUUUCUGCGGUAUUGACGAUCUUGGCUGACCUGGUCGGUUGCGUUGGGUCGGGCACGGGCAUGCUGCUUGCUGUGAAUAUGACUUACCAGUACGUCGAACAAAUUGCGAAGGAACAAGGCGUCCCUAGUAUGUUCUAGAGGACCAUAAGAAUCGUACAACAAGAUCACAAAAGACGAAAAAAAGUGGCUAUCAUUUUUGACAGGUGAAGUAGGUAUACUUUUACUUGUCACGGACGAGGAGGACUCAGAGUAUCUAUAAUUUUCUUUUCCAGAAUCAAUUGCUGUUCAGACUGCCGCAACAAAAAAUAUGCGUAGAAUGAAAUUCGCAUUCUAUUAGUUUCAGUGCGACGACUUCGUAGGACCACGCGCCACAUUACGUACUACGCAACAGAGGACCACCAAAAAGAGGAAGAUAGGCAUAGCUACAUGGUGGAACAUACGUGACCAUGGAACAAGCGUGACCAUAGACCAAGAAGAGAACAUACGUGACCAUGGAACAACAAAAUGUGGAUAUAUAAAGAUGAGUUGCAGUGGGCAUACGUCCACCGCUUCAUACCGCUUCACGACGUAAGUAUGUCAGAAGUUGAAAUGUCACGCGCCCUUGUUUACCUCCCCCGGCGGUCGCAGACGCAGGGCAGUGCAUUUCCCUCUUUCUUUGAAUAAAUGUCAUGAUCAACACGCCACGAUAUUUUGAGGAGCUGCUUUGCGUUUACCCCCAUUUCUCUACCCCAUCCUUGUCUACGCCUCUAAGUCAACGCAGGCUUGUUCCUCGAAAUUUCUAUCAUGAUCUUGGUUGUUGUUGACCACCUAGCCUACCUUGCUUCCUUUCAUGUCAUAUGCUUCACAACAAGCGUAAGCCGUGUCUUAAAAGGAGGAUGUAGCUCCCUCCACCGGUACCUGCUUGGAGGAUGUUAGUCUUAGACCACAAAAUGCACGUCGCAGAUGAUCUAUUUACUAAGCAGCACGAUGUCAUCGUUGCUGGUGUCUCUUCUCUAUUUUCGUCAUCAUAAU